UCAUUGGACAGAAAAGAAGCAAUAGUAGGCGGGAGGGAGCACACCUUAGUUACAAAGUUACCCAUUAACUUGUCCUUCUGGGAAGCAGCUCCAACCUGCGCUUGUUCAACCUUUGCACAACAUUUCUCCAUUUUACAAAGCAAAGAAAAAAACGUGGACAGACAGCAGGUGAACUCACUAAAAAUAGAGGAAACUACACAGACAGGUGAACAGCCUCGAUGACUGCAGCAAGAGGACGCUGGCUCACAUUUCAGGAUGCUACCACCACUUUUCACUUAUUGAACUGAGUUCCUUGUCACUCAAUCUUGCCACCUAGUGGAGCUCUGCAGGUUUAACGCCCUGCUGGUCAUUAGGAAAUCUUCCAGACAUCUACCUCCCUCAUCUGGGGAGAUGCCUGCUCUGCAACACUUCCCUCAGAUCCCAUUUAUUUUUGACCUGCUGAAGACAAUACACUAACCAGCCACCAACCAUCAAGAUCCCCUUUCCAGCUUCACUUUCAAGCCUCGCCUGGAUCUUGCAGAAAGUGAGGCUUUCAAUUAGCAGGUCAAAACUGUUCCUCCUUCAUAUAUGUGAUAUGCACCCAUGAUCCAUGCCUUCAUGCUAGAGUUAAUGGUGGCUCAAAGCAAGAGGCAGGUCUCAUCCAACAAGAGGCAAAUUGAGCCACACAGGAGAAGUCUCACACAAUAAGAGACUGCACAAACAAGAGCAUAGCCAGAUGGACCCAACAUCAAAAGACGUACCAUUUACAGCUACACCAACAGCAGCACAAAAUGACACUUUGGCAGGCCAGAAAGGCAAAUACACCUCUCACAACUGGGAGUUCCUGGUGGCCGUACUGGUCACAGCCAUCUCCGCUGCCAUUAUCAUCGCCCUUCUGGCCAAAUGCCAGGUGGUUCGACGCUACCUGGCCAGCUACAGGCACACACGGCUGAGGGAGACAGACACCGUUAGCCAGUGUGACCCAUCAGUCCUGGAUGUGGAAUUUGCCAUGCACGGGGGUCAUGAAAUUAACUGUCAUCAUCAUGAGGAAGACGAUGAUGGGUUCAUUGAGGACAACUACAUCCCGGCCUGUGAGAGAGCGAGGGCUGAAAGAGCAGCAGAGCACAUGGAGGACAUGGUGGACACAGAGGAAGAGAUGGAUGAAAUUGAAUUCACCAUCGCUUAAUAGGACUGUCUGUCUCUACAGCUCCUCAGCUGAACCUGAACCACCAAAUCCACUCCCAGCUUUUCUUUUUGUGUGUGUUUGUUUUCAGGAUGAUUCAUAUUGUUGAUCACAAAAUGGGUACUUGGGAAAAUAUUGAUUGAGUUUAGGAGAACAUAAAAAUGUGAAUAGCAUAAAGACUUAAAGACUGCGCGGAUCUGAGGAUCCAUUCCAAGAGAAUUUCAAGAUAUACUAAGGACAAUAGUCAUUUUUGUCGUGCCUUAUGUGUCAGUAUAUGAACCGUAACAGCAAAAUCAAAUUUUUUCUUAAAACAGCAAACAUGUUUCUUCUUUUUCAGAGUGAAAAAGAGAUGAAAUGAUCUUCUGUAGGCGUGAACAUUAACCAAUCAUGUUUGUAUGUGCGGACAGUUUUUGGCUGAGUUGAUUAGUUCACUGAUCAGUGGAUCUGACAGCAGAGAGGUUAUGCAAACCUGCAUGAUUGAAACAGAUAUCUACAGUUAUCAGCUCAGUGCAAACUGUCAGGAACCGUUAUGUUUUGUCAGUGACACGAAAGCAAAUGUGCAGAUGAUGUGCAUGAGUGCAUAAUGUGACUGAAGAUAAUUUUGGCCUUUAUAGAAAGCUUUGAGUAGCAGAUAAGCAACACAAAGACUAAAGUGGUGACCAGCUUUGAGAUAGAUGAGAUAGCUUUCAGACAGAUCAAUAACUUAAAAGUGCCUCAAAGCAAAUUUUAAUGUAAUCUUUUCAUGAUGUUACAGCAUCACAAUAUACUGUGAUGUUUGCUUUUUUAAAAGUGAAGUACGAGACACAUUUUACAGAUUUUUAAAUGUUCUCAUAAAAGGUAUGACUGUUGCUACAUAAAAAUGUAGGCCGGCUCAAUUAUAGUUAAAGCAUUAGCCUACUUGUAAUAAGUUACUUUCAACUUCACUGCUAUUUUUAGAAGGUUAACAAUAGCUGUGCUGCUCCCAUACUGUAAAUUAUGUAAAAAUUGUAAACAGUGUGACCUCAGUAAAAAUCUAUCUAAAACCGACACAAUGUCACCUGGUCUGUCUUCAGGGGUCAAAUCUAUCUUUGAAUCCAAACAAUGGAUGUAACUUCUGGGGACUAUUUUCUCCAUCGUUUCGUCGUGAUUUGCCUCAUUGUGCACACACUGGAAUCAGCAUCACACUCACCUUUCAAUUUAAACUUUACACACUGGCAUCAACAACAGUAAUUAAGCUUGGCACUGUGUCUAGAAAAGAUGCCUGGAGCUUCUGAGCGCACACAGCUGAUGAGAGCGGUCUGACAGGUCUGUAAGCGGCUGUCAGGCGAGGCUCCUACCCGGAAACACACCGCGUCAAGUUCACAUGGAUGAACCGGAGAGAAACCGGAACAGCUAGUAUGACUUCAAAAUAAAAGAGCGGAAUAUGCGUUUAUAGGUCAGUAUAAUACACUUUAAAACGCCAUAUUUAUUUAAUUUUAAAUUAUAAUUAUCAUUUUGUCAAUUUAGCCCACCACAACAGUGUAAUAAUAUAAAGGGAUUUAAUUGUAUUGCUGGAUACUGUACUUAACAGAAUAAGAGUACAUGUAUUUUAUCAAUGGUUGUAGUAGUAUUUAGUACCAAUACAACAAUAUAAAAUUACUUAAAUUAUAAGUACAAGUUUUGCAUUUGAGUACUGAUCUGUUAUCAGCAAAAUAAACAUGGAGGUGGGCCUGCAGAUUGACCCCUUUAAAAAGUUCUAUCACUAAAUCAUAAUAUUUGAUUAUUAGACUAUUACUGAGAAAUGCAUAUGUAUUUUCAAUGGUCAAGGUCUGGUUGAUUUUAAACACAGUGUUGGGUCAUUUAAUAUAAAACAAUGCGUAAUAUGUUACAAAAUUGUCUUAUGUUAUAAUGCAAUGUGAAAUGUAACUUGUAGGUUGUUCUCAA